AUGGCCACCCUUCACUCUGGCUCCCUCCAGCGGUGGCUUCUCUCUCUCCCACCCGUCGAAUACGCGCUGCAGCAGGUCAGAGAGCUGCUGAUCGGCUCGUUGAAAUGCGGGCCCAUACCCCAACACAUCGCCUUCAUCAUGGACGGCAACCGACGUUGGGCGCGAACACAUCAUGUCGAGACGGUCGAAGGGCAUCACAUGGGCUUCGAGGCGCUGGCGAAAGUACUGGAGGUCUGUUACAAGAGCGGCGUCGAGUACGUCACCAUCUACGCCUUCUCCAUUGAGAACUUCAAACGGAGCAAGUACGAGGUCGACGGUCUCAUGGACAUGGCCAAGACGAAGCUGGUGCAGAUGAGCCAGCAUGGCGAGCUGUUUGACCGGUAUGGGGCGGCGGUGAGGAUACUUGGCGAUCGAAGUCUGGUGCGCGAUGACGUGUUGGAGCAGGUGGACAAGGCGGUUGAAAUGACCAAGGACAAUGGCAGCGCUGUAUUGAAUGUCUGCUUUCCUUACACCGGACGCGAGGAGAUUGUGCACAGCAUCCGGGAGACCGUUAAAGACUACAGCAGCGCUCCGCCAGAGAAGAGGAAGGAGAAGCGGCCGUUCAGCGAGACCCACAUUCAGCGGAACAUUAGGAAAGGCAGUCAGCUCGAGAGUCUUGCUGAGGAGCAGGAAAUGCCCGCCGAACCACCCGUAGCAGAGACGGCAUCCAUGCCAUCAUCCGACGCUGAAAACACUUCCGUCUCUGAGCAAGACCUGGACUCUUCCUCCCACCUGGCCCAUCCUCCAUCAAGUCAAACUUCGCUCUCACCCUCGCCCGACCUUCAGCCAAGCUCGAGACUGGAUCUAUACGCACAGAAGAAGUCUUCCAGCCGAUCAAAAUCUCCACACCUCCCCGACCCAGAGAACAUUUCAGCCGAAACGCUCACCCGAAACACAUACAUCAACUGUCCGCCACCCGAGCUCCUGAUCCGGACAUCUGGCGUCAACCGGCUCUCUGAUUUCAUGCUCUGGCAGGUUCAUGAGAACACGGAAUGCAAGUUCAUCGACUGUCUCUGGCCCGAGUUCAAUCUGUGGAAAUUCCUGCCCGCGCUUGUGGAAUGGCAGUGGAGUCAGAAGAAGGCCAUGAAUGGCAAUGGUGGCGAAAGAGCUAAAGCUGCUUGA